AUGGCAGUUGAUGACUUCAAUGCCCAAAAUUCUGAAUGUUCACCGUUAGUUUUCAACUUUGCUAAUUAUUCCCAUGGUCCUGCAGCUUCCCUUGGCUUCUACUCCACUGCUGCUGCCGCCGCCGCCUCGAAUUUUGCAGCAACUUAUCUUGCCAACAAGAAGCAAGCACAUGCCAUCCUUGGACCAUUGACACACCAAGAAGCUGCUCUAUUUUCUGACUUUGAUGAUGAAGCCUACAAGGGUAUUCCCAUUAUUUCUCUACAUCCAGCUUCCACAUAUUCAACAGUCUUACUAACAGAAUCACCUUCACUUAUCCAAAUGAGUAAUGAUGUUGAGUCCAAAAUGCAAUGCUUUGCUGCCUUAAUUGGACAUUUCAAGUGGAGAAAAGUGAUUGCUUUAUAUGAAAUUAGAAACAGCUUCUCCAAUAUGGAUUCUGGACUGAUUACUCACCUCUCAGACUCCCUCAAAGUUGUUGAGUCCUCUGUUGAAUAUCAUUUGGCAUUUCCUCCUCUGUUCUCCCUCUCAGAUUCAAAAUCAUUCAUUCAAAAAGACCUGGUGAAGUUAAAAACCAAGAAUGUUAAAGUUUUUGUGGUGUUACAGUGUUCUUUAGACUUUGGUUUAGUUCUUUUUGAGAUGGCGAAUGAAAUGGGAAUGAUGGGGGAAAAUUAUGUAUGGAUUAUUUCAAACAAUAUGGCAAGUCUUCUGGACUCUGUUGAACCCUCUGUUUUACUGAACAUGCAAGGUGUAAUUGGGUUUAAGGCAAAUGUUAAUGAAAAAACUGAGUGUUUUAGAGAGUUCAAUGCUAAGUUCAGGAAAAAGUACAGAUCACUAUAUCCUGAAGAAGAAGGAUAUCCAAGUCCUAGCUCAUAUGCACUCAAGGCUUAUGAUGCAACUUGGGCAAUUGCUAAGGCCAUGCAAAAGUUAUCCGGAAGCAAUUCAAGUGAACUAGUGAAAAGCAUUUUGUUGAGUGAUUUUGAAGGUUUAAGUGGAAAAGUUAGCUUCAAGAAUGGCAUGUUAUAUCAAAAACCAACCUUUAGGAUCAUAAAUGUGAUUGGCAAAAGCUACAGAGAAGUGUCAUUUUGGUCACCAGAGUUUGGUUUUUCUGAGGUUCUUGGUGAACACAAUGGGGUGAAGUUGAAAAUUGGCAACGGUUUAGGAGGGGCUCUGGGGUCAAUUGUGUGGCCUGGUGGUACGCAAACUGUCCCAAAAGGGUGGACAAUAGGUGGCCUAGAAAAACCACUUAGGAUUGGGGUACCUGCAAGGGGUGCAUUUACUCAGUUUGUGAAAGUUAAAUUUAACAAAGAGACGAAUGAGACUCUGAUUGGUGGAUUUUCAGUUCAUGUUUUUCAAGCAGUAGUGACAGAACUUCCCUAUUAUCUGCCCUACAAUCUUGUUCCCUUCUAUGGUACUUAUGAUGAAAUGGUGGUAGGAGUUUCUAACAAGAAUCUGGAUGCAGCGGUAGGUGAUACCUCUAUAUUGGCUGAACGCUAUGAGUAUGCCGAAUUUUCACAGCCCUAUAUUGACUCUGGACUUGUCAUGAUAGUGACCGAAAGGCCAAGACUCAACAAGCUCCAGUUUGUUGUUAUAAAGGCCUUCAAGUUGAAGUUGUGGAUUCUGCUAGCAGUGAUGAGCAUGUCCACAGGGGUUGUCAUCUGGUUAAAUGAGUAUGUAAAUGACAACCCGGAUUUCAGUGGUUCUUUCCCUCAGCUUAUUGGAUCCAUGCUUUGGUUCUCUGUCACUGUUCUCUCUUUUUCGCAAAGAGAAUCAAUCAAAAGCAAUCUAUCUCGACUUGUGCUGACUACAUGGUUAUGUGUAGUUGUGGUUGUUACAGCUUGCUUUACUGCAAUUCUUUCCUCCAUCAUGACAGUUCCUAGGCUGGAACCUUCUGUACUAAAUGUGGAUUAUCUUCUAAGGACCAAUGCUCCAGUUGGUUGCAAUGGCAAUUCAUUUAUAGUCAAAUAUCUAGUAAAUUUGCAAUUCAAGCCAGAGAACAUCAAGAAGAUCAGUUCAAUCAGUGACUACCCUAAAGCUUUUGAGAAGGGAGAAAUUUCUGCUGCUUUCGUUGUAGCUCCACAUGCCAAAGUUUUCCUUGCCAAGUACUGCAGAGGUUACACCAAAUCAGGACCAGUCUUUAAACUUGGUGGUUUUGGUUUUGUUUUUCCAAAGGGUUCUCCUUUAGCAGUUGAUAUCUCCGAAGCUGUUCUUAAACUCUCACAGAGUGGAGUGAUAAAUCAACUAGAAGAACAAAUGCUUAUUUCAACAAAUUGCUCUUCUCCAUCAGCUGAGGAACAGGUUUCUGGAUUAGGACAAGAGUUGUUCUCUGGUCCAUUACUGAUUUCAGGUGUUAUAUGUGGAAUUGUAUUUUUUAUCUCAAUCGCUCGUUUAUUCAGAAAACACUGGCUAUAUUUAAGCUCUAUAAUUGCAAAUAGUGCAAAUAUAGUUCUUAGAUGGACUUCUCUAGUUAAAAAUUGCAACACUGUGAUUGACCAAAGACCAAAUAUUCAACAGAAUGUUGAAAUUACAGAGGUUUUUUGAUGAACCAGAAGCUGGAAAAUCAUGGACAGCAAUUGAUCAACAACUACUUUUCUCUUGUCUAAUAAACAAUCUAAUGUGCUCUUUGUAAAUAUAUUAUUUUCUUCCUUAUACGUAAUUUCUGUAUCAUUUCACAUGUACUGUAUAAUCCUAUUUUAGAAAUAAACGCACACACAUAGAGCAAUACAUAUAUAAAUCAGUAAACAAGUCUAACAUUAAGCAGAUUCUGAAAGAGAAGCAAA